CCUAGAGUCCAGGGCUGCUUCCCGGGGCAAGGAGGCACCCAAGCAGCCCCGGAGUUGAGGCCGGCGCUGCAGGCGGCGGCGGCUGCGCGGCGAAUCUGGCGGCCUGCGCGGCGGAGUGCGGAGUCCUGAAAUCUGGCUCUGUCCGGCCCGCGGAUCUUCAGGCCCGGGACCCGGGCGCGGCCCCAGCGUCUGCCCUGAGCUUCCCGGGGCGGAUGGCGCGGGGUGGCAGACGCGGGCGGUGCUGAGCCCUCCGCGGGCUAUGGCUUCGGCGUGUGGGGCACCCGGCCCGGGGAGCGCGGGGUCCGGGGGCGCGCUGGGCAGUCCGGCUCCUGCCUGGUACCACCGCGACCUGAGCCGCGCUGCAGCGGAGGAGCUGCUGGCCCGGGCGGGCCGCGAUGGCAGCUUCCUGGUCCGAGACAGCGAGAGCGUGGCGGGGGCCUUCGCACUCUGUGUCCUGUAUCAGAAGCAUGUACACACAUACCGCAUCCUGCCUGAUGGAGAAGACUUCCUGGCUGUGCAGACUUCACAGGGUGUGCCUGUGCGCCGCUUCCAGACCCUGGGCGAGCUCAUUGGCUUGUAUGCCCAGCCCAAUCAGGGCCUGGUGUGUGCCCUACUGCUGCCUGUAGAGGGAGAGAGAGAGCCAGACCCACCGGAUGACCGUGAUGUCUCAGAUGGGGAGGAUGAAAAGCCCCCACUGCCCCCGCGCUCUGGCUCUACCAGCAUUUCUGCCCCCACGGGACCUACCAGCCCCCUGCCAGUCCCUGAGACUCCCACAACUCCAGCUGCUGAGAGCGCUCCCAAUGGGCUGAGCACCAUUUCCCAUGAGUAUCUGAAGGGCAGCUACGGGCUGGACCUGGAGGCUGUGCGCGGAGGAGCCAGCAACCUGCCCCACCUCACCCGCACUCUUGCCACCUCCUGCCGGAGACUGCACAGUGAGGUGGACAAGGUCCUGUCGGGUCUGGAGAUCCUGUCCAAGGUGUUUGACCAGCAGAGCUCGCCCAUGGUGACUCGCCUUUUACAGCAGCAGCAGAACCCAUCACAGACUGGGGAACAGGAACUAGAGAACCUGGUACUGAAGUUGUCAGUGCUAAAGGACUUCCUGUCAGGCAUCCAGAAGAAGGCCCUGAAGGCACUACAGGACAUGAGUUCCACAGCACCUCCAGUUUCGCUGCAGCCAUCUAUACGUAAGGCCAAGACCAUACCUGUGCAGGCCUUUGAGGUGAAGCUGGAUGUUACCUUGGGUGACCUGACCAAGAUUGGAAAGUCACAGAAGUUUACACUAAGCGUGGAUGUGGAAGGUGGGCGGCUAGUGCUGCUUCGGAGACAGCGGGACUCCCAGGAGGACUGGACGACCUUCACACAUGACCGAAUCCGCCAGCUCAUUAAGUCCCAGCGUGUCCAGAACAAGCUGGGUGUUGUGUUUGAAAAGGAGAAGGACCGGACCCAGCGCAAGGACUUCAUUUUCGUCAGUGCCCGGAAGCGAGAAGCCUUCUGCCAGCUGCUGCAGCUCAUGAAGAAUAAGCACUCCAAGCAAGACGAGCCUGAUAUGAUCUCUGUCUUCAUAGGCACCUGGAAUAUGGGAAGUGUGCCACCUCCAAAAAAUGUGACAUCUUGGUUCACAUCAAAGGGUCUGGGGAAGACCUUAGAUGAGGUCACAGUGACCAUACCCCAUGACAUCUAUGUCUUUGGGACCCAGGAGAACUCAGUGGGUGACCGAGAGUGGCUGGACCUGCUGCGUGGGGGCCUCAAGGAGCUUACAGAUUUGGAUUACCGCCCGAUUGCCAUGCAGUCGCUGUGGAACAUCAAGGUGGCUGUGCUCGUCAAGCCAGAGCAUGAGAACCGCAUCAGCCAUGUCAGUACAUCCAGUGUGAAAACUGGCAUCGCCAACACCCUGGGGAACAAGGGAGCCGUGGGUGUCUCCUUCAUGUUCAAUGGCACCUCAUUUGGCUUUGUGAAUUGCCAUCUCACCUCAGGAAAUGAGAAGACUGCCCGGCGGAACCAGAACUAUCUGGACAUCCUGAGGCUGCUCUCGCUGGGUGACCGGCAGCUCAGUGCAUUUGACAUCUCUCUGCGUUUCACUCACCUCUUCUGGUUUGGGGACCUCAACUAUCGCCUGGACAUGGAUAUCCAGGAGAUACUGAACUACAUCAGCAGGAAAGAGUUUGAGCCUCUGCUCCGGGUAGACCAGCUCAACUUGGAGCGGGAGAAGCACAAGGUUUUCCUUCGGUUCAGUGAGGAGGAGAUCUCUUUUCCACCCACUUACCGCUAUGAGCGGGGUUCCCGGGACACAUAUGCCUGGCACAAGCAAAAGCCAACUGGAGUCCGGACCAACGUUCCCUCAUGGUGUGACCGGAUUCUAUGGAAGUCCUACCCUGAAACCCACAUCAUCUGCAAUUCCUAUGGUUGCACUGAUGACAUUGUCACCAGCGACCAUUCCCCUGUGUUUGGGACAUUUGAGGUUGGAGUUACCUCUCAGUUCAUCUCCAAGAAAGGGCUCUCGAAGACUUCAGACCAGGCCUACAUUGAGUUUGAGAGCAUCGAGGCCAUUGUGAAGACAGCCAGCCGCACCAAGUUCUUCAUUGAGUUCUAUUCCACUUGCCUCGAGGAGUACAAGAAGAGCUUUGAGAAUGAUGCCCAAAGCAGUGACAACAUCAACUUCCUCAAAGUGCAGUGGUCUUCACGCCAGCUGCCCACGCUCAAGCCCAUUCUGGCUGACAUUGAGUACCUGCAAGACCAGCACCUUCUGCUCACAGUCAAGUCCAUGGAUGGCUAUGAAUCCUAUGGGGAAUGUGUGGUUGCACUCAAAUCCAUGAUUGGCAGCACAGCCCAGCAGUUUCUGACCUUCCUGUCCCAUCGCGGCGAGGAGACAGGCAAUAUCCGUGGCUCCAUGAAGGUGCGGGUGCCCACGGAACGCCUGGGCACCCGUGAGCGGCUCUACGAGUGGAUCAGCAUUGAUAAGGAUGAGGCUGGAGCAAAGAGCAAAGGCCCGUCUGUGUCCCGAGGCAGCCAAGAAUCCAGGUCAGGGAGCCGCAAGCCAGCCUCCACAGAAGGCUCCAGCCCGUUGUCCAAGUUAUUUGAAGAGCCAGAGAAACCACCGCCAACUGGGAGGCCCCCAGCCCCGCCCCGAGCAACUCCCAGGGAGGAGCCCUUGAACCCCAGGUUGAAGCCAGAGGGGGCUCCUGAGCUGGAAGGGGUGGUGGCCCCCGCACCCAAGAACAGCUUCAAUAAUCCUGCCUACUACGUCCUUGAAGGGGUCCCACACCAGCUGCUGCCCCUGGAGCCACCCUCACCUGCCAGGGCUCCUGUCCCACCUACCACAAAGAACAAAGUUGCCAUCACAGUGCCUGCUCCACAGCUUGGACGCCACCGGCCCCCUCGGGUGGGAGAGGGGAGUUCAUCAGAUGAAGACUCUGGGGGUACUCUGCCCCCUCCAGAUUUUCCACCUCCACCACUGCCAGACUCAGCCAUUUUCCUGACCCCCAACCUGGAUCCUUUGUCAGUACCAGGGGUCCGGGGACGCAGUGGAGGUGAGGGCCGCGGCCCACCACCUCCCAAGGCCCAUCCAAGGCCCCCACUACCCCCAGGCCCCUCAUCUGCCAGCACUUUCCUAGGGGAGGUAGCAAGUGGGGAUGACCGGUCCUGCUCAGUACUGCAGAUGGCCAAGACUCUAAGUGAGGUGGAUUAUGCUCCUGCUGGGCCUGGACGCUCAGCGCUUCUCCCAAGCUCCUUGGAGUUGCAGCCACCCCGUGGACUGCCCUCCGACUAUGGCCGGCCCCUCAGCUUCCCUCCACCCCGCAUCCGGGAGAGCAUCCAAGAGGACCUAGCGGAGGAGGCACCGUGCCCGCAGGUCGGGCGGGCCGGCGGCCUGAGUGAGGCAGGUAUGGGUGCCUGGCUGCGGGCCAUCGGCUUAGAGCGCUAUGAGGAGGGCCUGGUGCACAAUGGCUGGGACGACCUGGAGUUUCUCAGUGACAUCACAGAGGAAGACCUGGAGGAGGCUGGGGUGCAGGACCCUGCUCACAAGCGCCUCCUUCUGGACACAUUGCAGCUCAGCAAGUGACAGCGGAGGCUCGGCAAAGCCGCGACUCAGCGCCUCUCCCCUGCUACGAAGGCCUGGAGUAGCUAGCCCCUGGCUAGAAAAUUCUGAGGGGGUGGGGCAAUACCUUUCUGCCUAUUUAUUGGGGAAUCCACAUUCCCCACUGCCCAGUCAUUUGGAAUGCCCUAAUUAGGACAUCCUGCCCCUCCCUUUUUGGCCCAGGGCUGCAGAGGUCUGUAGCCUGCAGUGUGCAGUCUUGUUUUUCUAGACCCCUCUUCUCAGCCCCAGGGGUGCAAAUGGGGUAUAGUUGUGUACAUCUGGGCCCCAACUUUCAUCACUGUUUUCUGCUGCCCCCCCCAGCCUGACCCACAGGUGGGACCUCCCCCUAACUUCUGCAGGGGCAUCCGUCCGGAAAUGAAGGAAGAGCUCGAGGAUCGGGCUGGGGUUUAUUUAAACUUCUAUGUGUGGGUUUGGGGAGGGAGGGCACUUUAUUAUUAUGGGUGGUGGCGGGGGGCAGGACCUCGACCAUAAAGUGCUAGUUUGCUUAGUUCUCAAGUCUCCUGGUCUGUAACACCCUGCGCUAGGAAUGUGUGGUGGCUGUGAAGGGAGAGAGGGCCCCUUGCUGGCUUCAACCGCAACGGGGUCAGGGUUCUUGCAAGCAGCCUAGUCUUACUCUGCGCCCUCAGAAGGAUUGCCAGCGUUGAUGUCUUCAAUAAAUUAAGUUUUAUUUGGAUUGAG